AUAGUACCCUUAUAAUUAAAAAAUAAGUACGUCACUUAGAUACACCCAGCAGACUCAGUAACUCUUUAGUGCAUGCAUUGAUGCAUAUGAAAAAAUCCCACGGUCUUCUAUCACUGGAUCACUGUGACUGACUUGAAUAGAAGUUGAUAGAAGUCGGUCUGUGGUUUAACCUAAUGUCUACGUUUUGACGUUUUAUUGAAUCGCAGUCGUUAACCCCGACGAUCAAAAUAAUGGCGGGUUCUGCGCUAAGACGAUUAAUGGCUGAGUACAAACAAUUAACUUUAAACCCACCUGAAGGCAUUAUCGCAGGACCGAUAAACGAGGAAAACUUUUUCGAAUGGGAAGCCUUAAUCACUGGACCAGAGGGAACAUGCUUCGAAGGUGGUGUAUUUCCAGCAAAGCUGAUAUUCCCACCAGAUUAUCCACUGAGUCCACCAAAGAUGAAAUUCACUUGUGAGAUGUUUCAUCCAAAUAUUUAUACAGAUGGGAGAGUAUGUAUAAGUAUAUUGCAUGCACCUGGUGACGAUCCUAUGGGCUACGAAAGCAGUGCAGAGAGAUGGAGUCCGGUUCAAAGUGUAGAAAAAAUAUUGUUAAGUGUGGUAAGUAUGUUAGCGGAACCGAACGAUGAAAGUGGUGCGAAUGUUGAUGCGGCGAAGAUGUGGAGAGACGACCGAUCGGAAUUCGAGAGGAUCGCACAAAAAUUAGUUAGAAAGACACUUGGCAUUCCACCAUAAACGAAGAAUGUUUAAUAUUUAAUUGAAAGGUGAAACUGUAAUUAAAAUAUCAGACUGUUCAGUCGAAAAUAUAUAUUGUGUACAUUAACUCAAUUUCAUUCGUAAGUUUCACACCCGUGUGUAGUAUAGGUGAUCGUACAAAAAAAAUGUUACCCGAUAUAUUAGUCUCAAAAAAUGUAUUUUAUUUUCAACAUUGCAGUACAAACAUGGGUAAUCAAAUACAUACAUAUUUGUGUACAAUUAGAGUAUCCUUGAUCGGAAUAAAGUAACGAAAAGAAAGAAUGCCUUCCUGUGCUCAUACAUGUGAAAAAUUUGAUUUGUGCAAAUUAUUUAAAUUAGUAGAUAAUUCUCCAUUAAAUUAUUUCAUCGUUACGUUGGAAAGUGUUUACUGUAAUUAAAAAUUAUUAUUUUGUAAUACAUUGAGAAAUAAAACUGGAAUCACGCUUUUAUAUGAAUUCAUUGCAAGUAUAUUUGAGAUACAAUGAAAUUCAUAGAUUUAAAAAUUGUUGAUGUAAUAGGUAUUGCAAAUUGUUUGAUGUUUACUUAAACUUACAGUGAUUUCUUCAUCGUGAGAAUAAAGAAAGAAAUAAAUGAAGGUAAAGUUUUUACUCAGUUGUCAUGUUUUUUGUAAUGUCGUACAGUUACUUUAAAGUUUCAAUGAACCAUCCACACUCCUGUUGUGCAUAUUUGAAACCAUACUUUGUAUCACCUUAAAUAUUUACAAAAUUAAAAGAUUUGUAAUAUG